AUAGAUCUGACAAAACGUUGCAGCGUGUUCUUGAACGCACCCUCAGCAGUUCUCGAUUUCGAAAAGCAUUGUGGGAUUGGAUGCCGGUGGAAAGCUUCUCGAAGGAACUGCAAAGAUGAUGCCCACACCGGUAAUCCUGCUGAAGGAAGGGACGGACACGUCUCAGGGCAUUCCCCAGCUCAUCAGCAACAUUAAUGCCUGUCAGGUGAUUGCUGAGGCUGUCAGGACCACCCUGGGGCCCAGGGGGAUGGACAAACUGAUGGUGGAUAGCAGAGGCAAGGCCACAAUCUCCAACGAUGGAGCCACCAUCCUGAAACUGCUGGAUGUUGUUCACCCUGCAGCCAAAACCCUGGUGGACAUCGCUCGCUCCCAGGAUGCUGAGGUCGGGGACGGCACCACCUCCGUCACUCUCCUGGCUGCUGAGUUCCUGAAGCAGCUGAAGCCGUACGUGGAGGACGGUCUCCACCCUCAGACCAUCAUCAGAGCGUUCCGCACCGCCACCAACCUCGCUGUCAACAAGAUCAAGGAGAUCUCCGUCUCUGUAAAGAAAGACGACAAGCAAGAGCAGAGGCAGCUGUUGGAAAAGUGUGCAGCUACAGCCCUGAACUCCAAGCUGAUUGCCGGUCAGAAGGAUUUCUUCUCCAAAAUGGUGGUGGAUGCUGUCAUGUCACUGGAUGAGCUGCUGCCUCUGAAGAUGAUUGGCAUCAAGAAGGUCCAGGGAGGAGCUCUUGAGGACUCUCAAUUGAUAUCUGGCGUUGCGUUCAAGAAGACUUUCUCUUACGCCGGGUUUGAGAUGCAGCCUAAGCGUUAUGAGAAUCCAAAGAUUGCAUUGCUCAAUGUGGAGCUGGAGCUGAAGGCUGAGAAGGAUAAUGCUGAAGUUCGCGUGAAAUCUGUUGAGGACUACCAGGCCAUUGUGGAUGCAGAGUGGAAUAUCCUGUAUGACAAAUUGGAGAAGAUCUAUCAGUCAGGCGCAAAAGUGGUUUUGUCCAAGUUGCCCAUUGGUGAUGUGGCCACCCAGUACUUUGCUGACAGAGACCUGUUCUGCGCUGGCAGGGUGCAGGAGGAGGAUCUGAAGAGAACCAUGAUGGCCUGUGGCGGCUCCAUCCAGACUUCAGUAGGUGCCAUGACAGAUGAUGUCCUGGGACAGUGUGAAGUCUUCGAAGAGGUCCAAGUUGGCGGAGAGAGGUAUAACUUCUUUAAGGGAUGUCCAAAGGCGAAGACGUGCACAAUCAUCCUGAGGGGCGGAGCAGAACAGUUCACAGAGGAGACGGAGCGAUCGCUGCACGAUGCCAUCAUGAUCGUACGCAGAGCCAUCAAGAACGACUCCAUUGUGGCGGGCGGAGGAGCCAUAGAGAUGGAGCUGUCCAAGUACCUGCGUGAUUACUCCAGGACCAUCCCAGGAAAACAGCAGCUGCUGAUUGGAGCGUACGCCAAGGCCCUGGAGGUCAUCCCCAGACAGCUGUGUGACAACGCCGGCUUCGAUGCGACCAACAUCCUGAAUAAACUGCGUGCCAAACACGCACAGGGUGGUAUGUGGUACGGGGUGGACAUCAACAACGAGGACAUUGCAGACAACUUCAAGGCCUGCGUCUGGGAGCCCUCCAUCGUGCGGAUCAAUGCUCUGACGGCGGCGUCGGAGGCGGCCUGCCUCAUCCUGUCAGUUGAUGAGACGAUCAAGAACCCUCGCAGCUCUGUGGAUGGACCUCCAGGUGGCGCUGGCAGGGGAAGAGGCCGCGGGAAACCCCAUGCUCACUAAGAGGAAGCAAGAACAAAACCGCAUUUUAAUCUGGCAUUGAAAUCCAAGAUGCAGAUAGAAUAUUGCGUCUUCUGCGCCGACCGGUCACAUUUAAACACAGAAGCAGACAAAGAUUGUGUUGAAGGUAGCUUGGCACGCUUCGCCUGCAUUUUGAUUUGAAUUCUUGAUAAAAUGAGGUCUUGUAACCAGUUACAACAUUGCGAAUGGCUGAUGUCAUGAAACAAACAAAAGGCAGGGGGGGUUCAUCUAGCAAUUUCAAGAGAGAUUCUUUAGACUUGGUCAAAUAUGGUUGACUUUUCUUGUAUUUCUUUGUCACCUCUAGUUUUUUUUCUUACUGAAGUUUCGACUUGGAAAUGUCUGUCUAACUUUUCAGGCACUGUGUUUCUCCACGUGUAGCCAUUUUACUGAUAAACGAUAUUGAAAUACAAGCAGAAUGAAAGCAGUUGCCACUUCAUUUUGACACAAACGCUCCUGUCCCCUCCAAGUCAGGUGUUCCUCUCCGACCUCAAGAUGUUCCAUAAUUUCUAAUCCGGUUUUGAGUUCUGAGACAAACUGAUGUGUAACAUGCAAAGUAAAGCACUGAGAGGAUGUUGAGCAGUUCUGAACCAUUCACUGGUUAUGCUGUGUACAACUAUUUAUUGGACCAUCCUUGUCAAUAAAUUCACAGCUGAAAUAUG